AUGUGGUCAACUCUGAAAAUCAUUUCGUGCCAGGGGGAGGACCAGAUAGUGUACCUCGACAUUCCCUCGGACAGAGAUUCCGUGUACAUGAGAAUAGCCAAGUUCUGUCUGACAAUAUCCGGAUUGUGGAAGGGUCCAGAAGACCGCACCCUGAACAAACCCGUGGUGGCCGGGAUAGUCGGAUUCCUGUGUUUGGGGUUACUCGGAACUCUCCACCAGCUCCUGUUCAUACCCCAGGACAUCUACAAGGGUACAGAAGCUCUCAUGCACAUCACCCUCUUGGGCUACUCGCUGUCCACCUACAUCAUCCUCAUCUGGAAGCAAAAGACAAUCUUGAAGAUGCUGACACUUGUCGAAACCAACUUCAACGACUUUGGUAAAACUUAUAUAAAACAUAACAAACAUCAAAUAGUUGCAGAGAAAAACAACGCGGUUUUGGUGAUCACGAUUUCCGUCAUCAUUUUCUCCGUCCACUCGAGUUUCAUAGGGGUCUCAAAAGUUUACAGAGUCCACCUUCCGCCUGAGAACAAAUCUCUGCUGUUCCCUAUGACGGUGCCUCUGGAGCUCACCAACAUAGCGUAUUACGCAGUCUACGUUCUACAGCUGAUGAUAACUGUCUGCGAGGGCUACAUACAUAUCACCGGCAUCACCUUGUGCGCCGGCUUCAUCAACAUACUGUGUGCACAGUUCGCCGCCCUGGGCCGAGCCUUCAGGCUACUGGCGCCUCUAGCUCGCCACCGGGCACUCCACUGUUCGGCCAGGGAAGUCGUGUUAGGGUGGAGGUCCGACGACCACGUCGACCACCAUGCCCAGGACCUCCUCAAGUCUUUUGUUGACCACCACAACACACUUCUGCAAUUCUACAAGGACCUGCAGUCCACCUUUGGCAUCCCUAUCCUCGACUUGUUCGUCAACAGUCAGAUCAUGCUGUGCUCGACCGGAUUCCACAUCUUCAAGCUGUAUCAGGCAGGAGCCUUGGAGCAACUGUUCAAGCAGCUCUGCAUGUUUGCCGCUCUCAUCUCACACGAGUUCGUCUACUUCUGGUUCGGCAGCCAUCUCAAUGCAGAGGUUUCCAGUUUCCGGAACGACGUGUACGCCUGUGAAUGGACUGAGAGAUCUGCACGGUUUAAACGCAGCUACCGCAUCAUCCUAGAGCGGAUCAAGAGAGGGGUCACCAUCCAAGCUGUCAUCCUUCCCACCAACCUGGCUACCUUCGCCAAGUGUUUGAAGGCGGCGUUCUCCUACUUCAAUCUUCUGCUAGCCCUCAGCUACAAACAAGACUAGGAGCUCCUGGGAACGCCUGUAGUUACCAACGCCUUCAACUCGCUUUAGAUCCCUUAUUAGAGGAUAUACUUAGCUGCUAGAAUGUCACACUAUGUCGGCUAGAUCUUUUUUGUCAUACCACAUGGUCAAUCAACACCCACAAUUAUAAUUUUCACUCAUGUGGUAAAUUUGGAAAAAUAUAGCUUUUAGCAUCACAGAUACGUGGUUAAAGUGUAUUCUUCUUCUUCUAAGGGGCUGCCUAUUGCCUGUGCACUAAGCUUCAAGGACAUAUUUCGCACCCCGGAAGUAUAUCAUGAGUCUAGGGUUUCAACAGUUCUACAACCGAUCAGGUCCUCCUGGAAAAAUUCACCACCCUUCUCCAGACUACCAAAAAUGGCAUACCGCUCCCUCGCUAUUGCAGGACUGUCGAAGAGCAGUUGCUCAGCAGUCUUCUCCCGCUCGUCACAAAUCCUACAGAGAGCAAAUCCUCCCGAAGAAUGCAGACUCUGUGAAGAUGCUUCCUCAGGUGGCCAUGUCUCGUAAUCAGACCCACACCCCGAAAAGACACCGAUCUACUUAAGGAGAGAAGGCCAGACGGCACCCUGGGAGUAGGACCAUUCUGCUCAUUCUCAGACCCGGAUGCAUACUGCGCAUUCUUUCAUGUUCAGCGUGAACCCAUUUAGAGACAGCCCCAAAUGAUUCACACCUAGAAAUACCACAGAAUAGUUGAGGUCAUGUCAUGUUCAACGCUGAGCCCAAAUUAGCCAAGUAAUCAGCUCUUUCGCUCCCAGAGAUCCCCUCAUGACCAGCAACCCAACAAACAGUCACGUUGUUGAUUCUGUUAAGCAAAUAAAAGGCUUGAUAUCAAUCCCAGACAAGUUGGAGUUAAACACAAAAUAGUUCAACGCUGCCUGGCUAUCUGUGAAUACUAAAGUUUACUACUGACAAUGGAUAAUUUGAUGAGAUGGCAGGUUUUCGGACAUUUGCCAUCGUUAUAAUGUUACAAAAUUAUAACAGCUAUUAAAUAUAAGCUUUAGCUCCAGUUAUCCCUGGACCUUCUUGUAUAUGUAUGAGUUGUUACGUAUGUUCUUUGCAGUUGGUAACCAUGACUUCGGCUAGUUUAUCACCACAAUUUAACUUUCUUGUAUAUUCUUAGCCUUUUGCCUUGAUGUUUAUGACACCUUUUAUGAAGAUGAUACAUUCAAAUCAUCGAAA